CUCCACGAGCGAGGAAGCGUCACGCACUUCUCCGGAGGAAGCGACGGAGUCCGGUAGGGCUCAAGAGUGUGCGCGAUCACGCCCUCGCGCUUUAGUGCUUUCGCCGGCCUGUUUUCCUCCGACACGGAACAGAGCGCAGGGCGUGCAGUGAUGUGACAGGGCCUGCGCUUUCCUGCACGCUGGAGCUGUUUUGGAGCUCGGUACUCCAAAAUGGCAGAGCAACUUUCUCCAAGAAAGACGGCAGACCAGGUAUGCACCUUCCUUUUCAAAAAGCCUGGAGGAAAACGUGCUGCAGGCCGCAGAAAGCGCCCUGCCUGCGACCGAGAUCCCGGAGAAAGCAGCAGCAGUAGUGAGGAAGGCUGCACUGUGGUUCGCCCGGAAAAGAAGCGGACGAUCCACAAUCCGAUGAUACAGAAGACGCGUGGCAGCGGUAAACAAAAGGCAGUUUACCGCGACUUGAGUAGCGAGGAGGAGAAUGAGCCCGAGAGUCUCGGCGUGGUCUACAAGUCCACCCGCUCAGCGAAACCCGUGGGGCCGGAGGAUAUGGGUGCAACCGCUGUCUAUGAACUAGACACAGAGAAAGAGCGUGACGCACAAGCCAUCUUUGAGCGCAGCCAGAAGAUCCAGGAUGAGCUGAGGGGCAAGGAAGAUGACAAGAUCUACCGGGGAAUCAACAAUUAUCAGAAAUACAUGAAGCCCAAGGAUACGUCUAUGGGCAAUGCCUCCUCGGGGAUGGUCAGGAAGGGCCCCAUCCGAGCUCCCGAGCAUCUACGUGCCACGGUGCGCUGGGAUUACCAGCCCGACAUCUGUAAAGACUACAAAGAGACCGGCUUCUGCGGCUUCGGAGACAGCUGCAAAUUCCUCCAUGAUCGUUCAGAUUACAAGCAUGGGUGGCAGAUCGAACGUGAGCUUGAUGAGGGUCGCUAUGGUAUCUAUGAUGACGAAAACUAUGAAGUGGGAAGCGAUGACGAGGAAAUACCAUUCAAGUGUUUCAUCUGUCGCCAGACCUUCCAAAACCCAGUUGUCACCAAGUGCAGGCAUUAUUUCUGCGAAGGCUGUGCACUGCAGCAUUUCCGCACCACCCCACGUUGCUUUGUCUGUGACCAGCAGACCAAUGGCGUCUUCAAUCCAGCGAAAGAAUUGAUUGCCAAACUGGAGAAGAAUAGAGCUGCAGGAGAGGGUGGUGCUUCCGAUUUCCCAGAAGACCCCAGUGAGGAUCCAAUUCCCAUUAUUUAAGUGUCUCAUAUUCUCCAAUCUCAGAAUAAAUGUUUUGUUGUUUUGGAA